CCCUGAGCGCGCCGCCGCACAGGCUUCUGCACCAGGAGAGGUCAAAUAGGUUGCUGGGUCUACCAUCGAGGAGCGUGGGAAGGUGUUGCUGAGUUUCCAGACCUUUCCCAAGAUGGAACCAAUCACAUUCACUGCGAGGAAGCAUCCGUUCCCUAACGAGGCCUGGGUGGCCUUCAGCCUCCAGCUGGUGGGUUCCUUGCCUGUGCAUUCCCUGACCACCAUGCCCAUGCUGCCCUGGGUUGUGGCAGAGGUGCGCUGGCUCAGUGGACAGUCCUCCAAAAAGGAACCCGGUACCAAGCAAGUCCGGCUUUGCGUCUCGCCCUCUGGACUGCGAUGUGAACCGGAGCCAGAGAAGACUCAGCAGUGGGAUCCGCUGAUCUGUUCCAGCAUCUUCGAGUGCAAGCCUCAGCACGCUCACAAACUGAUCCACAACAGUCACGACCCGAGCUACUUCGCCUGUCUGAUUAAGGACGAUGCGGCCAGUAGGCGGAGUAUCUGCUACGUGUUCAAAGCUGAUGAUCAAACAAAAGUGCCCGAGAUCAUCAGCUCCAUCCGCCACGCCGGGAGGAUCGCCCGCCAGGAGGAGCUGCACUGCCCCUCGGAGUUCGACGACACGUUCUCCAAGAAGUUCGAGGUGCUCUUCUGCGGCCGGGUGACGGUGGCGCACAAGAAGGCGCCGCCGGCCCUGAUCGACGAGUGCAUUGAGAAGUUCAACCACAUCAGCUGCAGCAGGAAAGCCGAACUUGACCUGGUCUCCCAGAACUCCGAGGCCAGCAGCCCUGCUGCGGCGCUUUCCUUCACGGAUAAGUUCCGAUCGGUGCUGCAGCCCGCGGGGCCCACGGAGCAGGGCCGCUGGCCCAUGCGCAAGUCCUACUCGCAGCCCGGCCUGCGCUCCCUGGCCUACAGGAAGGAGUUUCAGGAUGGGAACCUGCGGAGUCACAGUUUCUUCAGCUCUUUUGAUGAAAACGACAUUGAGAACCACCUCAUCAGUGGACACAAUAUUGUGCAGCCAACGGAUAUUGAGGAAAAUCGAACUAUGCUUUUUACGAUUGGUCAAUCUGAAGUUUACCUCAUCAGUCCUGACACCAAAAAGAUAGCAUUGGAGAAAAAUUUUAAGGAGAUAUCCUUCUGCUCUCAGGGCAUUAGACACGUGGACCACUUCGGGUUCAUCUGCCGGGAGGCGUCGGGAGGCGGCGGCUUCCAUUUCGUCUGUUACGUGUUUCAGUGCACAAACGAGGCUCUGGUGGAUGAGAUCAUGAUGACACUGAAACAGGCCUUCACGGUGGCUGCGGUGCAGCAGACGAGAGCGCCCGCCCAGCUGUGCGAGGGCUGCCCCCUGCAGGGCCUGCACAAGCUCUGCGAGCGCAUCGAGGGAAUGAAUUCUUCUAAAACCAAACUAGAACUCCAGAAGCACCUGACAACGUUAACCAAUCAGGAGCAAGCAAUGGUUUUUGAGGAGGUGCAGAAAUUAAGGCCAAGAAAUGAGCAGCGAGAGAAUGAAUUGGUUAUUUCUUUCCUGAGAUGUUUAUAUGAAGAGAAGCAAAAAGUUCACAUCCAUACUGGGGAGGUAAAGCAGACAACACAGAUUGCAGCAGAGAAUAUUGGAAGCGAAUUACCAUCCAGUGCCACGCGACUUAAGCUCGACAUGCUGAAAAACAAAGCGAAGAGAUCUUUAGCGGAGUCUUUGGAAAGUAUUUUGUCCCGGGGCAGUAAAGCCAGAGGCCUUCCGGAACAUUCUGCCAGCCUGGAUCUGGACGGCUCCGUGUCUAGCACGUUAAAUAACACCAACAAAGAGCCCUCUGUGUGUGACAAGGAGGCCCCGCCCGCGUCUGAGAGCAGAACCAGGCUCCUGGGCUCCUCAGACGACCUGCUGUCCGGUGACUCGGAGAGCCCUCCCGCGGAAGAGCCUGCCCCGCUCUCCCCCCAGCAGGGCCACCGAAGGCGGGCGAACACCCUGAGUCACUUCCCCGUGGAGUGCCAGGAGCCUCCGGAACCCGCCCAGGGCUCCCCGGGGGGCUCGCAGAGGAAACUUAUGAGGUACCACUCAGUGAGCACAGAGACGCCUCAUGAACGAAAUGGGAAUCAUCCACCUGUUGGCGAGUCUAAAAGUUGCUCAGGUCCUUCAGUUCCUGCUCCUCCACCUCGUCUUAACCCCUCCGACUCCUCACCAAAUUUUUUUAAGUCCUUAAAACAUAACACGAGUGGAGAACAAAGUGGGAAUGCCGUGCCUAAGAGCAUCUCCUACCGCAAUGCCCUGCGGAGAAAACUCCACUCUUCCUCCUCUGUGCCAAAUUUCCUAAAAUUUCUGGCUCCUGUAGAUGAAAAUAACACCUCUGACUUUAUGAGCACAAAAAGGGACGUGGACGCCAAAGCCCACCAUCUCGACGACCCCAGCGGGACGCCUGUGAAGACGCGGAGACACUCGUGGAGGCAGCAGAUAUUCCUCCGCGUGGCGACCCCGCAGAAAGCGAGCGACUCGCCCAGCAGAUACGAAGAUUAUUCUGAGCUGGGAGAGCUUCCGCCGCGGUCUCCGUUAGAGCCCGUUUGUGAGGAUGGGCCCUUCGGCCCUGUCCCGGAGGAGAAGAGAAGGACAUCGCGCGAGCUUCGCGAACUGUGGCGCAAGGCAAUUCUACAGCAGAUCCUCCUCCUCAGGAUGGAGAAGGAAAACCAGAAGCUCCAAGGAAUGGUGCUGGCUGGCCUGGGAAUGAUGGGAAGAAUCGUGACUAUCAUUGACGAGAUCAGGCGCCUGAAGCUUGAUUAUGAAGAGAUCACGCCCUGCCUUAAAGAAGUGACGACGGUGUGGGAAAAGAUGCUUAGCGCGCCGGGAAGAUCCAAAAUUAAGUUUGACAUGGAAAAAAUGCACUCGGCUGUUGGGCAAGGUGUGCCACGUCAUCACCGGGGUGAGAUCUGGAAGUUCCUCGCCGAGCAGUACCACCUGAAACACCAGCUUCCCCGGAAACAGCAGCCCAAGGACACGCCGUACAAAGAGCUCUUAAAGCAGCUCACCUCGCAGCAGCACGCCAUUCUCAUCGACCUUGGUCGAACCUUCCCAACACACCCGUACUUCUCGGCCCAGUUGGGCGCGGGGCAGCUGUCCCUUUACAACAUCCUGAAGGCCUACUCGCUUCUGGACCAGGAAGUGGGAUACUGCCAAGGCCUCAGCUUCGUGGCCGGCAUCCUGCUGCUGCACAUGGGCGAGGAAGAGGCGUUUCACAUGCUCAAGUUCCUGAUGUUUGACCGGGGGCUGAGGAAACAGUACCGGCCGGACAUGAUCAUUUUACAGAUCCAGAUGUACCAGCUCUCGCGGCUCCUCCACGACUACCACAGAGACCUCUACAACCACCUGGAGGAGCAUGAGAUCGGCCCCAGCCUCUACGCCGCGCCCUGGUUUCUCACCGUGUUCGCCUCCCAGUUCCCCCUGGGAUUUGUGGCCAGAGUCUUCGAUAUGUUCUUUCUUCAGGGAUCAGAGGUCAUAUUUAAAGUGGCUCUAAGUCUGUUGGGGAGCCAUAAGCCCUUGAUUCUGCAGCAUGAAAACCUAGAGACCAUAGUCGACUUUAUAAAAAACACACUACCCAACCUGGGCUUGGUGCAAAUGGAAAAGACCAUCAGUCAGGUGUUUGAGAUGGACAUUUCUAAGCAGUUACAAGCGUAUGAAGUGGAGUACCACGUGCUUCAAGAAGAACUUAUCGAUUCCUCUCCUCUCAGCGACAACCAAAGAAUGGACAAAUUGGAGAAAACCAACAGCAGCUUACGCAAACAGAACCUCGACCUCCUGGAACAACUGCAGGUGGCAAAUGGUAGGAUCCAGAGCCUGGAAGCCACCGUGGAGAAGCUCCUGACCAAUGAAAGCAAGCUGAAGCAGGCUGCCCUGGCCCUGGAGCUGGAGAGGUCAGCGCUGCUGCGGACGGUGGAGGAGCUCCAGCGGCGGACCGCAGAGCUGAGGGCACCCCAGCCUGACCUCGUGCAGCCCUAGCCCACGGGCGACUGAGAGCAUCUCGCCAGGGCACGGCCCCAGGAGAUGUGGGACACCAUCCGACGCUGACCAGGCCUUAACCGAGAGAGACAGAAGAUGCUGGAGGGACAGAGCGAGGCGCGGAGCAUGCUUCUCAGGGAGGAAACGGGCUCGCCAGCAUGCGGAGUCUUCUGAACGGAAACUUGCGGAUCAGGGGGAUGAGUGUCCCCGUGUUUUUAUUGUUGUUUAGGUUCCAGUGGGUCCUGAUGACUGUAAUCAGUAGAUUUAGACGGCAUGGACAUGAAUAAAUGCACUUUUAUGUUCUUUUUUCAGUA